AGAGCAGCGUGCGCAAAAGUACGCGUUGCUGUGUGAAAUUGUAUAAAUAUAAAUAAAAGUAAAUGUUUAUACAUUAAAAAUAGUUAAAAAAGUGCGAAAGAGCCAAUACUAAAUAAAGUUGAUAUGGAUUCCGAUUUGUACGAUGAGUUUGGCAAUUAUAUAGGCCCCGACUUGGACAGCGAUGAAGAUGAUGACCAAAGCAUUUACGGCCAAGCCGAUGUGCAGGAUGACCAGGAUGAUGACGCCAUGGAUGAGGACGAGGCGGAACCUCAGGACGACGAAGACAAAGAAGUUACGGCUGUGGUGCUGCAUGAAGAUAAACGAUACUAUCCCUCGGCAGUUGAAGUGUAUGGGCCUGAUGUUGAGACUAUUGUGCAAGAGGAGGAUGCGCAACCAUUGGAUAAGCCGCUUAUUGAGCCGGUGAAGAAGCUGAAAUUCCAGUUGAAGGAACAGGAUUUGCCGGAAACCACCUACGACAUGGAAUUUAUGGCUGACCUCAUGGACACACCGCCAUUGAUUCGCAAUGUGGCACUCAUUGGACAUCUGCAUCAUGGUAAAACUACAUUCGUGGACUGCUUGAUAAGGCAAACGCACCCACAGUUUGAGAACAUGGAGGAGCGUUCCCUGCGCUAUACAGACACGCUUUUCACGGAGCAGGAGCGAGGCUGUAGCAUUAAAGCUACACCGGUAACGCUUGUCUUGCAAGAUGUCAAGCAGAAGAGCUAUUUGCUUAAUAUUUUCGAUACUCCUGGCCAUGUGAACUUCUCGGAUGAAGCAACCGCGGCCAUGCGCAUGAGUGAUGGUGUUGUGGUGUUCAUAGAUGCGGCCGAAGGUGUUAUGUUAAAUACAGAACGGCUGCUGAAGCAUGCAGUGCAGGAGCGUCUGGCAAUUACUGUCUGCAUUAAUAAGAUUGAUCGUCUCAUAUUGGAGCUAAAAUUACCGCCUCAAGAUGCAUACUUUAAGCUGAAACAUAUUGUGGAAGAAGUCAAUGGACUGUUAAGCACCUAUGGUAGUGCUGAGGACAAUCUAACUAUAUCACCAAUAUUAGGAAACGUUUGCUUUGCCAGUUCACUGUACGGCUUUUGUUUCACGCUGAAGUCGUUCGCAAAACUCUAUGCGGAUACAUAUGAGGGUGUGAAUUAUUUGGAGUUUUCGCGACGACUCUGGGGCGAUAUGUAUUUUCACAGUAAAUCGCGGAAAUUUACCAAAAAGCCGCCACACAGCUCGGCACAGCGCAGCUUUGUGGAGUUUAUACUAGAACCAAUGUAUAAGCUAAUUGCGCAGGUCGUUGGCGAUGUUGACACCACAUUGUCCGAUACCUUGGCCGAACUGAAUGUGCGCGUCUCCAAAGAAGAGAUGAAAUCGAAUAUACGCCCUUUGUUGCGCUUGGUUUGCAAUCGUUUCAUGGGGGAUUGCAGCGGAUUUGUGGACAUGUGUGUUGAGCACAUUAAAUCGCCACUGGAGAAUGCCAAACGCAAGGUGGAUCACAUAUACACAGGUCCGAAAGAAGGCGACAUUUAUCGUGACAUGAAGACCUGUAAUCAAUAUGGCACCCUCAUGGUGCACAGCUCCAAGAUGUAUCCCAACGAUGAUUGCACUUUUUUCCAAGUGCUGGCACGUAUUAUUUCGGGUACCUUGCAUGCAGGACAAGAAGUUCGCGUACUGGGUGAGAACUAUACACUGCAGGACGAGGAGGACUCGCGCAUUUUACAAGUGGGUCGCUUGUGGGUCUACGAGGCACGCUAUAAAGUUGAGCUCAACCGUGUGCCCUCAGGCAACUGGGUGCUCAUCGAGGGAAUUGAUCAGUGUAUUGUUAAAACAUCUACAAUUGUGGAUAUCAAUGUGCCAGAGGACCUCUAUAUUUUCCGGCCACUCAAAUUCAACACCCAAAGCAUCAUUAAAAUUGCUGUCGAGCCGGUAAAUCCAUCGGAGUUGCCGAAAAUGUUGGAUGGCUUGCGUAAAGUAAACAAAUCAUAUCCAUUACUUUCGACACGCGUCGAGGAGUCCGGCGAGCAUGUCAUCUUAGGCACUGGUGAACUGUACUUGGACUGUGUGAUGCAUGACCUGCGCAAAAUGUACUCGGAAAUUGAUAUAAAAGUUGCCGAUCCUGUUGUCGCCUUCUGCGAAACUGUCGUGGAGACAAGUUCCCUCAAAUGUUUCGCUGAGACACCAAACAAAAAGAAUAAGAUUACAAUGAUAUCCGAGCCGCUGGAGAAAGGUUUGGCCGAGGAUAUAGAAAAUGAAACAGUGUGCAUCAAUUGGAAUAAGCGACGCAUUGGAGAAUUCUUUCAAGUCAACUACGAUUGGGAUUUGCUGGCAGCGCGUUCCAUUUGGGCCUUCGGACCAGACUCAACGGGUCCCAAUAUAUUGGUAGACGAUACGCUGCCCUCGGAGGUGGACAAAAAUCUGCUGACCGCUGUAAAAGAUUCCAUAGUGCAGGGAUUUCAGUGGGGCACACGAGAGGGACCGCUAUGCGAGGAGCCCAUAAGGAACGUCAAGUUCAAAAUUCUCGAUGCUGUCAUUGCCAAUGAAGCGCUGCAUCGUGGUGGCGGCCAAAUCAUACCUACGGCUCGUCGUGUGGCGUACUCCGCAUUCUUGAUGGCCACGCCACGUCUUAUGGAGCCCUACUUGUUUGUUGAGGUGCAGGCGCCAGCAGAUUGUGUGUCGGCUGUCUAUACGGUAUUGGCGAGACGCAGAGGUCACGUUACUCAGGAUGCGCCAGUUUCGGGCUCUCCCAUCUACACUAUCAAGGCUUUUAUACCCGCUAUUGACUCUUUUGGCUUUGAGACAGAUCUGCGCACGCACACACAGGGUCAAGCCUUCUGUUUGUCUGUGUUCCAUCAUUGGCAGAUAGUGCCCGGAGAUCCGCUGGAUAAGAGCAUUAUUAUACGCCCCUUGGAGCCGCAGCAGGCCUCUCAUUUGGCUCGCGAGUUUAUGAUAAAGACGCGACGACGCAAAGGUCUGUCGGAGGAUGUGUCCAUUAAUAAGUUCUUUGACGAUCCUAUGUUGCUGGAGCUGGCACGCCAGGAUGUGCUACUUAACUAUCCUCUGUAGACAAUUAAGAACAAAUGAAUUCCAUAAUAAAAGAGCUGACCAACAUGGGAAAUUC